AAUGAAUGAACGAAACAGCCGUGAAUGUGUGGAGGGUGAAGAGGAGUCAUCCAUCAUCCAUGGCCUCUCUCCUCUCUCUCCGCCUCCCCAACCCAAAGCCCAACUUCUCCGUCAGAGCCUCCUCCUCCUCCUCCUCUCCCACCUCCGCCGCCGCCGCAGCCGCAGCCGCAGCAGCAGCAACAACAAUUCCCGCUCAGUCUCCGUCUCCUCCCCAGGCCCAGCAGGCUCUGGAGGAGACGUUCGGCCGGAAGGGAAUCAAGUUUGCGGAAUCCGGUGGGGUCCCAACCGUUGAGCUGUCGGUGCGGAAUGGGAGCUCUCUGCAUCUCCGCAUACCGGACGGCCUGAUCACGUCUUACAAGCCCAAGGUGUACUGGAAGGACGACGGGUUCACGGAGGUGCUUCACACGGUCUCCACGGCCGAUCUCGGCGCUCCUCCUCCAUCAGUGAGAGGCGGGUUGGGUUUAGUUCUCAAUGCCGCAUCGGAGCCGGCCAAGGGUGGCUCUUCUUGGUCCGCUUCAGAGUGGGCCGUGAAGGACGCCGACUCCGACUCCUUUGAUGCUGUUCAGGUCGAGUUGAGCAGCACGAACGCCGACGGCUCUCUCGAUGUAACGUACGUCGUCUCCCUCUAUCCCGUAAGCAUGGCAACUGCGGUCAUAGUGAAGAAUGUGGGAACACGAGCAGUAAGCUUAACCAGCGCUAUACUGAGCCAUAUCAAGUUUCAUGCCCGGCGCCACUCCGCAAUCCAAGGCCUUAGAGGCUGCUCGUACUGUGCUCACCCACCCCCGGCUUCCUCGUUCGGUCUGUUAUCUCCUUCGGACGCCAUGCAGCCUGACCCUCCCAGUUGGUUUUCUUUCCCGGGUUCUUCACCUAGUGAGCGAACAGAGAACUCUUGGUCUGUCGAAGAAGAUUUAUAUACAUUAUUGAGAGGAAAGUUUAGCCGAGUUUAUGCACCGCCUCCGGAAGAGAGAUUGAAGCGCAUCUAUAGUACUCCCCCUUCUAAAUAUACCACCAUUGAUCAGGUAAGUGGCCUUGGAUUCAGGGUGAUAAGAAUGGGGUAUGAGGAUAUAUACUUAUGUAGCCCCGGCUCUUUCUCGCAAAGGGUCGGGAAGGGAUACUUCAUCUGCACCGGCCCUGCUUCCGUGCUCGUACCUGUGGUUCUAAACCCGGGAGAGGAAUGGAGAGGGGCGCAGGUUAUCGAACACGAUAAUUUGUAAAAUUCUCUCAUGUAUACAUGAAAUUUUACUCUAAUAAUUGCUUUUCGAUUUAAGCUGUGCUUUUCCUUCCGCCAUCUGCUGUGUGCAAUUGUGUUUCUCACCUCCAAGAGAAUCACUUUCUUUAUGUAGAGGGUAUUUUCAUC